CUUAUCGCUGUGUGUCACUCUAUUUCUGACCCUGGUCUCUGUGUGUCGGUGUGUGUCUGUGCUGGUGUCUGUGGGACUCUCCGGAUUCGCCUUUAACCAUCUGGACCUUUUGAUUUUUUAUUGCCGUGUCCGAAGGUUGUCUUUCUCUGCCCGCACACGCCACCACUCUGACAUCACAUCUGGCUGACCCUGCCACCCUCACAGCACCACCCUUGAACCCUCCCAACCACCCACCCACCCACCCUCGUGUGAAACCAUGGCUCUGUCUUCACGCUUAAAACUGUGGGAGCAGAAGAUAAAGGAGGAGAAAACGCCGGUGGCAACAGCCGAACCUCCGCCGCCUCUGUCCGCUCUGCCAGGCGGCUUCCUCAAACAGCUGGUCAGAGAGACGGAGAAGGAGACCAAACAGAAAGAGCCGGAGGUCAAAGACGAGAGACAACCAAGCAAACUGAGCGACAACCUGGUGCAGCAGUUCCUCCUCCCGGAUCAGACUCCUCCGAUCCUCGAGGCCGAGAUGUCCCUGCGGGCCGAACAGCUGAUCAGCAACAGCAAACACAUCGUCAGUCCCGACCCCGCCAGCAAACAGGACACCGGACAGGAAGUCACACCGGAGCCGCCAAAGAAGCAUCAGGACAUGAGGUCAGAGAGGAGCAAGAGGACGCCGCCGGCCGAGCAACCGAAGGGGAGGAUAGAGGAGGUGAAGCAGGUGGAGAAGAAGGAGGAGAGGCAGGAGCCGGAGGGGAGACAGGCAGACACGACUGUAACAGAGACAGACAGGAGAGAGGUGAGGGAUGUGUGGUACGAAGCUGGAACUGUGUGGUACGUUCACAAGGAUGGUUUCACCCGCGCCACUCAGCUGAAGCCAGACGAAGGAACACCUGAACUCCCAGAAGGCCGAGUGAGGGUCCGCCUGCAGAGCGACGGGUCGCUGCACGAUGUUACAGAGUUUGAGAUUGAGAAGUGUAACCCCUCAGAGCUGGACCUGUGCGAGGAUCUGAGCGACCUCCAGAGUGUGAACGAAUGUGGAGUCCUGCACACUCUGACCAGUCGAGCUAAAGCCAACAUGCCGCUAACGCACGCGGGACCCAACCUGGUGAACUUCUGGCCUCCGUUACAGGCGCACAGCAAGACUCCGAGGUCUCGGCGAGGGGAGUCGGUGUGGGACGCUCCUCCCGCUCUGACCGCUCUGGUCAAACGGGUGUACGUGUCCAUGGUGGGGACCAGGAGAGACCACAGCGUGUGUGCGGUGGGACGCAGCGGGACCGGCAAGACCACGGCGUGCCAGGCCUUUACUCACGCACUCCUCAAGCAGGCGGGUACGACCAGCGAGAAGAUCAGCGUGGAGCGCGUGCAGGCCAUGUUCACCAUCCUGAAGUCUUUUGGCUGUGUUAGCUCUCAGCACAGCGACGCCUCAUCUCGAUUCGCCAUGGUCUUCUCUCUGGACUUUAACCACGCUGGACUGGCUGCUGCCGGGCACCUACAGACGAUGAUGUUGGACAAAUGGAGGGUGUGUCAGGCAACGCAGGGAGAGAGUAACUUCCUGGUCUUCAGUCAGAUGCUGGCAGGACUCAGCACAGAGAUGAGGACAGAACUGCAGCUGCAUCAGCUUCCUGAGUCCAACUCUUUUGGUAUCGUUCAUCCCACCAAGGUUGAGGAGAAGCAGCGAGCGUCCGUCGCCUUCACCAAGCUGCUGACUGCCAUGGAAACGCUCGGCUUCUCAGCCAGCGAGCAGAAGGCGAUAUGGCAUGUCCUGGCUGGUAUUUACCAUCUGGGAGCUGCCGGAGCCUGUAGAGUGGGCAGGAGACAGUUUGUGAGCUUUGACAGCGCUCAGGUGGCCAGCAGUGUGCUCGGCUGUGAGGGAGAGGAGCUGCACACGGCCGUCUUCAAACAUCACCUCCGACAGCUGCUGCAGAGAGCCACCGGGGGCAGCAGAGAGAGAGCUGCAGAGGCCGAGGAGGGUCCCAGGCUGACCGCUGCUCAGUGCGUUGAAGGAAUGGCUGCUGGACUCUAUGAAGAGCUCUUCACUGCUGUAGUCUCAUUUAUCAACAGGGCUCUGAGCGGUCAGCAGCUGACGUUAGCCUCUGUGAUGGUGGUGGACACGCCGGGCCUGAGGAACCCCAGACACUCUGCGGAGGAGCGAGGAGCCAGCUGGUCUGAGCUGUGUCACAACUACCUGCAGGAGAGGCUGCUGGAGCAGUACCACACACACACCUUCAGACACACACUGGAGAGAUACGCACAGGAGAAGAUCCCGGUGGGGUUUGAGAAUCCAGAGAACAGCCCGGCUGAGGUUGUGUCUGCCAUCGACCAGCCGCCUCCUCAGGUCCGGGCGGCAGAUGGAGACCCCAGAGGUCUGUUAUGGGUUCUGGAUGAGGAGAUGGUGACACCAGCCUCCAGUGAGAACAGCGCCGUGGAGAGAGUCUGCCAGUAUUACAGCAACACUGUGCGUCAGUGCGAGCAGCCGCUGCAGUGCGAGGUGAACCACCUGAUGGGCUGUGACCCGGUCCGCUAUGACCUCACUGGAUGGUUUGGUCUGAUCCAGAACAACCUGUCGUCUCUCAACGCCAUCUGUCUGCUCCAGAACUCCACCAUAGGGGUGGUGAAGGCCAUGUUUACCCCCAGAAUCUCUCUGCCCCCUCUGUGUCGAGGUCUGGGGGGUCUGGAGGGCAGCAGCCAGCGCUGUCUGCAGAGGAACGGCACCAUCAGGAAAACAUUCAGCGGAGGGAUGGCAGCCAUACGCAGACACUCCCAAUGUAUCGCAGUCAAACUACAGGCAGAUGCUCUGGUGAACCUGCUCCGUCGAGCCAGGCCGGUGUUCCUGCAGUGUGUGAUUGCAAAGAGUGACGGUGGAAGUUUCGACGUCCCGGCACUCAGAGUCCAGCUGCACUCCACACAGAUCCUGUCGGCCCUGCAGCUCCACCGCACAGGUUAUCCAGAACACAUGACUUUGAGUGACUUCAGGUGUUACUUCCAGGCGUUGUCUCCUCCGAUUAUGAAACGUUACGCUUCGAUGUUUGUCAGCCACGAUGAGAGAAAGGCGGUGGAGGAGCUGCUGGUCGAGCUGGAUCUGGAUAAAAAGAGCAUCGUCGUGGGCGCCGGCCGGGUGUUCAUGAAACGAGGAGUGCUGCGCUACCUGGAGCAGCAGAGGGACCAGCAGGUCACCGGCUGGUUGGUGCAUCUACAGGCCUCCUGCAUGGGACACCUGGCCCGUCAGAAAUACCGUAAACUGAAGGUGCAGCAGAUGGCGGUCACCUGUCUGCAGAGGAACCUGAGGGCUCUGAGGGUCGUGGCCAAGUGGAGCUGGUGGAAACUUUUCUGCAGAGUGCGACCUCUGCUCGACGUCAACAUGGACAAUGAAAGGCUGCGGGCUAAAGAGGACGAGAUAUCGGCUCUGAGACGACGCCUGGAGAAAUCAGAGAAGGAGAGGAAUGAGCUGAGGCAAACUGCAGACAGUCUGGAGACCAAGGUUAUGGCGGUGACAUCUGAGCUAAGCGAUGAGCGUUUCCGUGGCGAUGCGGUGGGUCAGGCUCUGGAUGUGGAGAGGGCAGAGAGACUCCGGCUCAGCAGGGACAACAAAGACCUGCAGGCUCGACUAGACCAGUGUAAGGUCACCAUGGAAACGCUGGAGAAGCAGCUGGAGGAGGAGAAACAGAGAGUCCAGAUCGCUGAGAGCCAGAGAGGAGCGGGGACAGACAGUGAGCUGGCCAUGCAGCUGGAGUGCUGCCAGACGGAGGUCGAAUUUGUCCGCAGACGACUCAAGCAGACGGAGGAAAAACUGGAGACGGAGAGACAGACCCGACAACAGCUCGAUACCAAGGUGGCAGCGCUGCAGGCCCAGCUGGAGCAGUCCAGGCGGAGUGCGACAGAACUGAAACGUCACUGUCGGCGUGUGACCUCUGACCUCCAGGACGCUCGAGUCCUCACUGACAGUCUGCAGAGCCGCAUGCACGAGGUGGACCGCAAACAGAGGAGGUUCGACAAUGAGUUGACUCAGGCUCUGGAGGAAGCCGACAACGAGAGAGAGCUGAAGGACAAAGCCUGUCAGGAAAACACAGCUCUGGGGGCGGAGAUAUACACCCUACGCCGGAGCCUGCAGGAGAGCCAGUCCGAGGUGGGCCGUCUCCAGAAGCAGAAGGAGGAGUUGUGCGCUCAGAUCCGUGACCUCAGCCUGCCGGUUGAUCUCGCCUCCGAUUCGCUACCUGACCUCAAGAAGCAGCUUCGCUUCCUGGAGAGCCAGGCCAGCGAGAGAGCGGAGGAAAUCACCACGCUCACUGCCAAAAUACAGCAGCACCAACAGGUCCACAUGCGCUUUGAGAUGGAGAUGGAGAGGAUGAAGCAGAUCCAUCAGAAGGAGUUGGAGGAUAAGGAAGAGGAGUUAGAGGAUGUACACAAGUCCUCUCAGAGGCGGCUGAGGCAGCUGGAGAUGCAGUUGGAACAGGAGUACGAAGAGAAACAGAUGGUGAUUCAUGAGAAGCACGACUUGGAAGGACUCAUAGCAACUCUGUGUGACCAGGUGGGGCACAGAGACUUCGAUGUGGAGAAGAAGCUGAGGAGAGACCUGAAGAGGACUCACGCGCUGCUGGCCGACGCCCAGCUGCUCCUCUCCACCGUCGACAACCCGGGGCAGAACCUGCCCAACGGCAGCAGGGAGCAGAUAGAGCGUCUGCACUGCCAGCUGGAGGAGAGCGAAGCGAGGCGUCUGGAGGCCGAGAGCAUUCAGACGACUCUGUCCCAGGAGCUGGAGAACACUCAGAUUGAACUGGAAAAUAUCUGCAAACUGAAGAGUAUGGUGGACGAGCAGUUGGCUCUGCUGCAGCAUGAGAAGGUGGAUCUGCUGAAGAGGCUCGAGGAGGACCAGGAAGACCUGAACGAACUGAUGAAGAAGCACAAAGCGCUCAUUGCUCAGUCCUCCAGUGAUAUUUCUCAGAUCAGAGAGCUUCAGGCCGAACUGGAGGAGGUGAAGAAGCAGCGGCACUCUCUCCACGAGGAGCUGCAGCAGUGUGUGUCGAGGGUGCAGUUCCUGGAGUCGUCCACUGUGGGGCGCAGCAUCGUCAGUAAACAGGAGGCACGUGUAUGUGACCUGGAGAAUAAACUGGAGUUUCAGAGAGGCCAAGUGAAGAGGUUUGAGGUGCUGGUGCUGCGUUUGAGGGACAGCGUGGUCCGUCUGGGAGAGGAGCUGGAGCAGAGUGCCCAGACUGAAGCUCGAGAGAGAGAGAACGCCCGAUACUACCUGCAGCGCCUGCAGGACAUGAGGCUGGAGAUGGAAGAGCUGAUUCAGAGAGAGCAGGACAGCGGCCGCAGACGCAUGGAGCUGGAAAUGCAGGUGGAGGAGCUGAGCGCGGUCAGACAGACGUUACAGGCCGACCUGGAAACGUCCAUCCGCCGCAUCGUCGACCUGCAGGCCGCCCUGGAGGAGGUGGAGUCGAGCGAUGAGAGCGACUCAGAAAGCGUUCAGACGGCUGUGGAGUCCCUGACUCGAAAGAAAGACCUCGACUCGGUGUCCAGUGUCGGUUCGAUCGGGACGGAGGAUGUCGGAGAGGGGAUUCGUCAUUGGUUAGGAGUUCCCAGAGGAGGGUCCCGUGGUGGCGGCUCUCUAUAUGGCAGCAGUACCAUCAGCAGCCAAGGGGGGCGCCAGUCUGUGGCUGACACCAUGAGCACCUACAGCUUCCGUUCUUGCGUGGACCCUGAUGACGAGGGCUCUGAGGCUGGAGGUACCAGAGGUCCCGGUCGAGCCCCGUCCUCCUCGGCCCUGUCCGAGCUGCUGGAAGGACUUCGUAAACGAAGAGCUGGCGGUGAUGCAGGAGACGGCGCAGGUAGCGCCGUCUCCCUGCCGAUUUAUCAAACAACCGCAGCCUCGACCCUCAGACGAAGAGCCUCGGCCCUCUCUCUCGGCCCAGAAGACCUCCAGGAGCCCCGGCCCGGCCCCAGCAUCCUAAAACCGUCCUCUCCGCUCAUGCCUCGCGCCGCCAGCGCUCGCUCCGUCAGUGAGGCUCAGACACCUGCUGACACCAAACUCUCCCGCUUCAACUCGAGUGAUUCUGUCUCUUCGCUCCCCUCGCUGCCACGCCUUUCCUCCUUGGCGUCCUCCCUGGCUGCUCGCCAUCGCCCUCCCUCCCUGUCCAUCCCAGAGGAGGACCCAGAGCAACCUUUCCGCUCUGUGGCGACUCCCAUACAGCGCUCCCCUCAGGCACCGAGGCGGUGCAUGCUGGGGAGUCUGGUUACGGAGGACGGAGGUGAAGUCUCUCUGGGUUCAGAACCUAUGGUCUUCCAAAACCGCCGCCUGACCGGGGAUAACGACGCUGCCUCUGACGUCCUGCCCGCCAUCCGGAGAGCUCAGUCCACCAGCAGCCUGGCCGGCUCGGUCCGAGGAGGCAGGAGGGCGCUGAGCGUCCACUUCGGAGAGCUGCCUCCGUCCUCCCGCAGCAGGAAGGGCUCUGAAACCGAGUCCUCCAGCUCAGGUGGAUCAGGAGGAAGUUCCCAGGGCGGCGGGCCUAGACGCAGGUUUGACAGGCCACAGGGAGAAAGACUGGAGGCAGAGGGCAGUGAGGGGGGAGACGUGGCUUCAGUCAUGAAGCGAUACCUGAAAAAGGAGAUUGACUGAACCAGAUGAGCCUCUCUGUGUGUCCACAUCCAGCUGUGAGCGUCAGGCUGCAGGCGCUGCAGUCGAGGCUGAAUCAAACACUUCAGAAGUCAACAAGGAUGGUUGCUUUUUUUUGUUAAAGCCACCUGAAAAUACAUUUAUUCACUCCACAAGCACUCAAUCAAAUGUAUUUUCAGAUAUGCACUGUUUGUAUAUGAAUAAAAAAUGAAAUUGA